UGGAAAUGUAAAUUAGAGCAUUUGCAGAAAAAAGGCGGUAUGGUUGAUGAGUCUACAAUACACCAAAACCAUGCUGAUGCUAUUGAUGCAAGAAUCCAAUGGAGUGACUUAGAAAGUGCUUUUAAAAACCGAAUGAGAACUGGAAUGAUUAUUAAUAUAUUACAUAAAAAUUUAGAUUUAUUUCUUGAAGAUGCAAAAAUGAUGUUGAUUGAUCGUUUAGAGAAUGAAUUAACCAAAAAGAGCGCUAUUAAACUUAAUACAAUUUUGGUUUGUAAUUUUCAAAUUGUUAAACAAGAAGAAAUAUGGAAAUAUUGCAAUCAUCAAAUCUUGAUGAUAUUUUAUCAAAUAACUUUGAGAUACUUAAAGCUGAUCUGGAAGAGAAAGAAAUGCGUGGUUCAGGUUGGACCUUGCAUGAAAUUCUACAUUUAGAAAUAAAUAUAAACGACUAUGUACCUUUACGUGGUGGUUCAUCAACUUUUAUUGAAAUGCCUGAUUGGAUUAUAAAAACAAAAUCAGUUGUAAACGUUAUAAAUUAUAAAGAUAAUUAUUGCUUUAUUUGGAGUGUGUUAGCUGCAAUGCACAAGGUUCCACAUCCAAACAGAGUCACAUCAUAUGAGAGAUACAUGAAUGAUUUAAAUCUGGAUGGAAUAACAUUUCCAAUGAGUUGGUGUAAAAUAAAACAAUUUGAAAAAAAUAACAAUUUGAAAAUAAAUGUAUAUGGCAUUGAUAACACUGAUGAUUUAGAUGAUGAAUCCAAUGAUGAAGAAGGCGAUAGCGUUGAUGAUUCAAAUGGUACAAAUAAGAAAAAAAAAAGAGACGUCAAGAAAGGAUUGUUCCAUAUUAUUUGGGUAAUAAUGAUGCAUCAAAUCAUCCAACAAUUCAUCUUUUAAUUAUUGAAAAGCCUGAGAAAAAAGUUGAUGGAUUCCAAGAUGAAUCAGCAGAUGAAGAUGAUG